AUGUAUUAAAAAAUUGUAGGAUUAAUACAAGAUGCUGACAUGUUCGGAGCUGAUAUAACACUGAAUAUUCAAAACAAAGGAAAGUUUACUUCAUUUUUUGGAGGUUUCAUGAGUUUGGUUGUUUGGAUUGCCAUGAUUUAUGUGUUUAUUUCAUAAGGAGUAGAUUUAGUAAAUAGAGUAGAUCAAUAAGCUGUCACUAGAACAAUAAAUGACAUCAGUCCAAAUGCUAGAGUUCUCAAUAUCUCUAAUUUUAUGAUUGGUAUUAAGCUCGAUGAUCCUUUAUAAGCUCUAAUGAACACCACAAAUUAAACAAUGUUUAACAUAACCAUUAAUCAGAAUCACUAUAUUACUUACCCUAAUAAAACCAGAAUUAAAACUGUAAAUGCAAGUCUAACUCUUGAAUAAUGCACAAGUCAACAUUUUUCCUCUUUGAACUUGAUAUCUGAGACUGAUGAGUUGGAGUCCUUUACUUCAUAUCUUUGUUUGCCUUUAGAUUACUCAUUUGUUUUGGAAGGUUCAUUCAAUUCUCAAAGUUUUCAAUACACUUCAAUUAAAGUUGCUCCUUGCAAAGAUUCUUCAAAUUGCUUUACAACAGACUAAUUGAACUUAUUAUCUGAAAGACAAUCAUUCAAAUUAUCGACCUUGAUGUUCACAACCAUCAUAAAUCCAUUUUCUAACGAUGAAAUUAUAUCCCAGUAACUAUUUUAGGACUUUUAUCAACAAACCAAAAAACUCUAAGAAUAAGUAUCGGAUAUAUUUUUAGAGCCUAAUACUCUCGAGAUCGAUAAUUCAGUAUUUCCUUUUGAAGAUGAUUCCUUCUUUGGAGAAUUCUGGUCAUUUCGUCUAGGAAACAUACGGAACUUUGUUAAUGAUUAUGCCGAACCUACUAGUUAUUUUACUGUCAAUCUCAGAAUUUCCUCUGAAUAUUAUUCUUCCUUUAUAUCUUAUAACAAAUUUGGUGAUUUCAUCUCAUUCAUUGGAGGAACCUUGAAAGUUAUCUCUAGUUUAAUCGGUAUCAUAGUCAUUAAUUACAAUACAGUUGGAUUUAAAUUAAUGCUUGCCAAUUCUCUUUACUCCUGUCAUAUUGAUGAUCUUUCUAAAACCAAAAAAAGGGAAGAGCAUAAUGAUAUUUUCAAAUUUAUUUAGAAAGAAAAAGAAAAAGCAGAAGCUAUGUUACAAAGAUUUAGAGGAUCAACAAAAAAAUUGCUAUAAUUUAAUAAGGUUACAGGAAUUUUCAAAUCUUAAAGAUUUACUUAAGUUUAUAAAUCAGAUACAGAUUUACUCAAAGAUGUUCAGUAGUCCUCGAAUGUUAAAGAAAUAGAUUCAGUAAAACUAGAACCAACUAGUCAUGAACAUGGAUCUAUUGACCAUCUCAAAGAUACUUUUAUCUAAAAUAUGGUUGAACACUUGCUUAUUGCUAAUGAGAAAAUUAAAUUAGGGUUGAAUUUUGUAAUUUAUUAUCUUUCUUGUUUCAGGCAUUUUGAAAAAUAUAAACGAAUUUAUAUAGUACUUCAAAAGUCAACAAUCAAUAUAAACAAUGAUCUGGAUAUUGUUCUAAUUUUGCAGAAACUCUAAGAAAUCAAUAAACUAAAGAGCUUAUUGCUAGAUUAGCAUCAAUUACAGCUUUUUAAUUAUAUCCCAUAACCAGUAAUCACAUGGCAUGGACUUUAAGUAAAAGACCCAUAAUUAUCAAAGGACUCUAUAGAAAAAGCAAAUGCAAUUGGCAAAGUCGCUAGAUAUGAUACUCGAAACAAAAUGCUAAAACUAUUUAGAGCCUAUCAAGAAGUGAAAAUAGAAGAAAAUGAAAAAGAAAUAAAUUCUCGUCUUAUCUAGUAACUGGGGCCAACUGUCCAGAAAGUGUUCCAAUAAUCUUAUUAAAUAGCAGAAGACUAUAACAAAAUGAAAUAAGAAGAAGAUGCUCAUGUCAAAACAAGUAAAAAGGCCCCUUUGAAUACCAUGAAUGUAUCUUAGCAUAAUUUAGUGGUAAAACCAACUUAAGGCACAAAUUACUUGCAUUCUAAAUCAGAUGCAAUCGAAAUUGAAGAUAUUGUUUUUGAAUGA